CAGGAAAUGGUACAGUUGUUGCUGUGCAGCUGGAUGUUGCUGAAUAGCAUUUCUAUGAGCUUGCUGUUCAAUCUGUCUGUUGUUCAGAAUGGCAAAGAACCCUAACUUUCAGGAAGUUGGUCAUCUGCCUACAGGCUACGUCCACUGUAGAUCUUCAGACAGCUUUAUUGGCUACCAAUAUCACCAUCCCUCCAAGAUGAGUAACAGCCAUCCGCUUCGUCCUUACACAGCUGUGGGUGAGAUUGACCACGUUCACAUUCUGUCAGAGCAUAUUGGUGCUCUAAUGAACGGGGAAGAAUAUAGUGAUGUUACCUUUAUUGUAGAAAAGAAACGUUUUCCGGCACACAGAGUGAUCCUGGCUGCUAGAUGCCAUUAUUUCAGAGCAUUAUUGUAUGGCGGAAUGAGAGAAUCUCAGCCUGAAGCAGAAAUUCCUCUUCAGGACACCACUGCGGAAGCAUUUACCAUGCUGUUGAAAUAUAUUUACACUGGUCGUGCUACACUACGAGAUGAGAAAGAGGAGGUUCUCCUAGACUUCCUAAGCCUAGCACAUAAAUAUGGGUUCCCAGAACUGGAGGAUUCCACGUCUGAGUAUCUUUGCACAAUACUUAAUAUUCAGAAUGUCUGUAUGACAUUUGAUGUUGCCAGUCUUUAUUCCCUUCCCAAAUUAACUUGUAUGUGCUGUAUGUUCAUGGAUAGAAAUGCCCAAGAGGUGCUCUCCAGCGAAGGCUUCCUAUCGCUUUCUAAGGAUGCUCUUCUAAGUAUUGUACUGAGGGACUCAUUUGCAGCUCCUGAGAAGGACAUUUUCCAAGCUUUGAUGAAUUGGUGUAAACAUAACCCCAAGGAAAACCAUGCUGAAAUCAUGCAAGCAGUACGUUUGCCACUAAUGAGUCUAACAGAACUACUAAAUGUUGUAAGACCUUCUGGAUUGUUGUCACCUGAUGCCAUCCUAGAUGCCAUUAAGAUUCGUUCUGAGAGUCGGGACAUGGACCUCAACUACAGGGGCAUGUUAAUACCAGGGGAAAAUAUUGCAACAAUGAAGUAUGGAGCGCAGGUUGUAAAAGGGGAGCUGAAGUCUGCUUUAUUAGAUGGGGAUACUCAGAACUAUGACUUGGAUCAUGGCUUCUCUCGACACCCGAUCGAUGAUGACUGCCGUUCUGGAAUUGAAAUUAAACUAGGCCAGCCGUCAAUAAUCAACCACGUACGAAUACUCCUGUGGGACAGAGAUAGUCGGUCUUAUUCCUACUACAUUGAGGUGUCCAUGGAUGAGUUAGACUGGAUUCGGGUUAUUGAUCACUCUAAAUACCUCUGUCGGUCCUGGCAGAACCUGUAUUUUCCUGCCCGUGUCUGCAGGUAUAUUCGGAUUGUUGGGACCCACAACACAGUGAACAAAGUUUUCCAUAUUGUGGCAUUUGAAUGCAUGUUCACGAACAAAACCUUUACUCUUGAGAAAGGUCUGAUAGUUCCCACUGAAAAUGUUGCAACAAUUGCAGACUGUGCCAGUGUGAUUGAGGGUGUAAGUCGCAGUCGCAAUGCCUUGUUGAAUGGAGACACAAAAAACUAUGAUUGGGAUUCUGGGUACACGUGCCAUCAGCUUGGGAGCGGAGCUAUUGUAGUACAGCUAGCACAGCCCUACAUGAUUGGAUCAAUACGGUUGCUACUUUGGGACUGUGACGAUAGGAGCUACAGCUACUACAUUGAGGUUUCAACAAAUCAGCAGCAGUGGACUAUGGUGGCUGAUCGCACAAAGAUUUCCUGCAAAUCCUGGCAAACAAUCACUUUUGAUAAACAGCCAGCAUCUUUUAUCAGAAUAGUUGGAACUCACAACACAGCUAAUGAGGUGUUUCACUGUGUGCAUUUUGAGUGCCCAGCACAAAACAGUACCCACAAGGAUGAGAGUAGUAAGGAAGUGGCAACAACGGAGGUGGAGACUGGUGGACAGCAGCUUGUUUCUCGCCCCGUUCAAGUUGCAAGCACUAGUUCCCUGCAUUCCUCUCCUGGAUCCACCUCGCGUUCACAUGCUCACCAACCGUAAAGGAGAUUGAAAGGGAGCUUUUGCAGCCCUGCUGACAUUGUAUGAAAUUAUUCAGAACCUUCUCGUGCUGGCAUCUUUUCUUUCUUUUUCUCUCUGAACAAAGGGGACCAUGUCUGAAAGCUGGAAAUGCUGAAAUGGAAAAGGCUUUUCCCAAGGACAUGAAGAGACUCCUUCACUCUCCUCAAUUUGUUCAAAUCAGGCUGGCCUCCGAGGGGGGAGAAAAUAAGUCUUCAAUCUUCAUCAAGUACCCCAUUAACACCCUACCUCUCUAAUCUAACCAAGACAAGGAGAACAGAAGGAAAUAAAAGGCAGAGCUACAGUGGAAAUCUAAAAUGAUUCGAGCAGAAUGGAAGGCAUAUGAAAUAAGUAUUUGUUUCCUGAAGGCUUCCAUUAGCAAAGAAAAUGUUUAUGGAACACAUCAGUCCAGAACGCAUGUUAUUUUUAAAAGUUAUUCUCCAUUCAUAUUCCUUUGUAACUAGUAAUCUGUUUUCUAAAUUGUUUUGACUCGGUAUUCCACUUCGUCUCUUAUUUUUGGCUGUAGCAAAUGCUGUGCAGUAGAUUAAGGAAGUAUCAAACAUGUUUACCUGCUGAGAUGCAAAUUCCCUCAUUCAUCAGUGGGAUGACAAGAAAAGCCUUCAUUAUAUCAACAAACUAAUUAAUCUUGACCUUAGUUGACUUUUCAAAGUACGAAAUUGUCACUUCUUACACUCAAAAAGGAAAUGCCUAAAUUAAGCAUCCCUCUUGAAGAAAAACAUAUUUUUCACUCCUGAAGAUGAUUAUUUAAAUUUUACCUGUAUUUCUAAGAAAACUUGCAACAGAUCAUCAAAAAUGUUUAGUUUAGAAAAGUGGAACUGCAUCUGGUCGCUGACAAGCAGUUGUUCAGAAUACAAAAAGAAGAAUUUGCAGAUACUUUUUUUUUUCCAAGAAAAAAAUGUUUUACAGUCUGGAGCUAAAAAUUCAAAGGCUGUGUGUGCUAAAAGCUUCUCGUAGUCUUCAUAAAAUAUGAUGCUUUUACCCUGUAUUGUAAAAGAUCUGGCUCUUACUUUGCAGUCACAGAAUUCAUUAUCCAUCUAUGUCUGUCUGGAUUACAUUGCCUGCUACUUUGCUUAUUCUAAGUGUUUCCACACUGAUGAUGCUGCUGCAGUGUUUUACUCCAGGUCUACGUGACUUUUAGGAAGAGCUCCAUGUUGGUCUUUCAGUAUGGGAUAAAGUGAUUUUGUAUUAAGACAAAUGCUGAUGUAAUUGGCAAAAUUGAUUAGGAGGGUUGUUACUCCUUACAAAGUAUAUUAUAUCGGAAAUGUCAGCUAUCCAGUUUUAUGAACUUGGAAUUUCCUGUGGUGACGAAUAGCCUUGUCAGAAGAAAACAAAGCUAGUGUAGGAUAAAUACAGUUUUCCUUUGCAUAACCAUAGUGAUAAAAUGAGUUAUAUCAACAUAGCAAAUAGUGUGUUAAUUUAUCACACGACUUAAUGUGAAAGAAUUUCCUUGUUGGAUACUGCUUGUGCUAAAACCAGGAAGAAAUAUAACAAGUGCUAGCAAUGAAUCAGUAGAAACUUCGAAGGAGAAAAGCUUCCUUCUUCUUGUUUCAAAUAAAAUUGAUUAGGCUUUAUCAAU